CAUGCGCCGACCAUUAUUAUUAAUUGCCUCCUUCAACAAGAACCAGUUUGCAAAGUUGCGAGGGCUCUCACAUUGUGACUUGCGAGUUCUUUUUGGUACCAGACAAGACAUUUUCCCCCAGUAUCUCUGAACGCAAUCAGGAACUACGCUGGAGAUAUCAGUCACUGUUGCGGGCAGCGGCGCCCACUGAUUUGACGCCAUGAGCGCCAUUCUUUCUGCGGAUGAUCUCAACGACUUCAUCUCGCCCGGCGUCGCUUGCAUAAAACCCGUCGAGACUCUUCCUGCGCAGGCGGACUCCAAUCCUUACGAAGUCACUACCGAAGACAAAGUACAGGCUCCGAAUCCGGCACCCGCCUCUAUUUCCUUGACCGAUUGUCUCGCAUGCUCUGGCUGCGUUACCUCCGCAGAAGCAGUCCUCGUCUCAUUACAGUCACACACAGAAGUCCUGAAUACUCUAGACACAUAUCCUCCUCUUGAUGUCCGGUACCUCUCCGAGAGCCGAAACGGCUUGAUGAACGGCAAUACCCCUCCUCCCAAUGAUGCCAAACUAUUUGUCGCCAGCGUGAGUCCUCAGGUGCGAGCGAGUCUGGCUGCUACCUACGGUAUCUCAGAAAACCAAUCAGGGUUCCUGGUCGAACAAUUUCUCAGUGGAUCACAGGGUCUACGGAUAGGCGGGCAGUACAGAAGUGGCUUCUCAUACGUUGUUGACACCAACCAACUACGGCAGGCUUGUCUUGUGCUCGGAGCGGAAGAGGUGGCAGAUGCGAUCGAGACCAAGUCGAAGCCGAAGCCAGUCUUGACGUCUGCUUGUCCCGGUUGGAUCUGCUAUGCUGAGAAGACACAUCCUUAUGUCUUGCCUCAUUUGUCGAACCUGAAGUCACCACAGGCUCUGUCAGGAACGCUACUCAAGUCGGUCCUCAGCAAAACACUCGGUAUUCCGCCGUCGCAGAUAUGGCACUUGGCGGUCAUGCCAUGCUUCGACAAGAAACUAGAAGCGAGUAGGGAGGAAUUGACGCAUAAGUGGUGGCAGUCCUCUUCUUCGACCGAGACGCCUGUCCGGGACGUUGACUGUGUGAUCACGUCCAGAGAACUCCUGUCGCUUGCCGAAGCCCGUGGUGUGCAGUUUGCUCAGCUUCCCCUUCAGCCACUAUCACCCUCGGAAAGAACUCCAUUCCCUGGCAACAGACUUUCCAACUUUCUGUUUCCGAAACCACGGCGGCGGACCGAGCAGUCCGUCACAGCAGGUUCCUCUGGUGGCUAUUUGUACCACAUCAUCAUGACUGAGCAAGCACGGAAUCCGGGCAGCACCAUUUCCGUACAACGUGGUCGCAAUGCCGAUGUUACGGAGUAUACGCUGGUAUCUACGUCAGGGCAACCGCUGAUGAAAUGCGCACGGUACUAUGGUUUCAGGAAUAUUCAAAAUCUAGUUCGCAAGCUCAAGCCAGCUAGACAGUCGAAACUCCCUGGAGCUGCCAGACGUAUGGCAGCAAGUGCUAGUGGCGGAAGUGACUACGCGUACGUUGAAGUUAUGGCAUGUCCUGGUGGGUGCACAAACGGAGGCGGUCAGAUCAAGAUCGACGACGUUGCAUCCAUUCUACCUCAAACGCGAGGCGAGGAAGUAGUCAAUACAAGCCCGCAGAGCCAGAAGGAGUGGCUCAAAAGGGUUGAUGAGGCCUACUACUCUGCCGACUCUGAAUCUGAGAACGAAUCCGACGGCGACGUCCACAUGGCCAAUGGCACCGGUGUUGAGAAUGGCCACCUCACCAACGGGCACCGGCAGUUCAUCAAUGGUAUCAACACAACAGAGGUCCAGGACUUUUUACACUACUGGUCCAGCCUGGUUGCCAUACCCCUAGAGAAAUUGGCGUAUACGACAUUUAGAGAGGUCGAGAGCGAUGUCGGAAAGAACAAAGCUUCCAAAACCCUCGAUGACACAGCCAUGAUCGCGCAGAUUGCUGGAAUGAGUGGAGGGGGCUGGUAGUUUUAUGAGUUGGUUGCAUUCCAAGGUAUGGCGUUGGGGUAAGGCUCGUAUAUUGUGCAUAUAUCAGGGUCAUGCGAUUACGCAUUUGAACAUCUGGGGAGCAUUGGGUUACAACAUCGAGGUCAACUAGGCUUCUCAGGACAGGUUAUGGACAUUCACUUUUCACGGACGAACGAUGAUGAUUGGGUUCUAGAAGUAUGAUUUGAGAUACAUAGAAAAUGAUGUGUACGAGAGACAUUUGAC